GGCGUGCAGCACAACCAAACGAGCUCGCGGCAACACCCUACCAAAGCUCCUGAGCGGUCCAUAGUCACCAAGUUCGCCGUCCCCGAAUGGCCAGCACGUCGAGUCCUGCCCCUUCCGCGUCGCGGGGCCGGCGCACCUGGGCUAUCAGGUACUUCCCCAACGGCGACCGCCCGGAGACCGCCGACCACGUCUCCCUCUACCUCGUCCUCAAGGAUCCCGUCGCGGAUCACUUUAUGGUGAAGGUGGGGUUCAGCUUCAUCGACGAGGUGGAGAAGCAAACGCCGUCCUACGUCCGCACCAUCGCGGCGAGCAAGUUCCUCGCGGACGGUUCCUGGGGCCGUAAGGAAUUCGUCAGGAGAGAGGACCUCGAGCGGUCGGGGCGGCUCAGGGACGACUGCUUCACGGUCAGGUGUGACAUGGUCGUCGCCGUCGAGAUCCGCACGGAGGCCACCAGUUCUUUCGUCAUGGUGCCACCGACCGACUGGCCGCAGCACUUCGGCGACCUCCUUCUGGUAGGGCAGGGCGCCGACGUGUGGUUCCUAGUGGGGGGCGAGGCGUUCACCGCGCACCGGUGCGUGCUCGCCGCGCGGUCGCCGGUCUUCAGUGCACAGCUCUUCGGCCGGCGCGAUGAGAGAAGGCACGGCCACAGGAGAAAUUUCAAGAGGCACACGAAUUGGGUGGCAAAUACUGAAAUUUCUCCGGCCACAGAGGAUUGCAUACGGAUUGAUGAUAUGAUGCCUCAGGUGUUGAAGAGCUCGCUGCAUUUCAUUUACAUGGACUCGCUGCCAGAGACAGAAGGGCAAGACGACGAAGGUGUCACGAUGGCGCAGCAUUUGCUCGAAGCUGCAGACAGGUAUGACAUGCAGAGACUCAAGCUGUUAUGUGAGGACAGGCUGUGCCAUCACAUCGACGUAAGCACGGUGGCGUCCACGCUGGCAUUGGCCGAGCAGCACCGCUGCAAGGGCUUAAGGAGAGAGCACUAUCAAAAGGCCCCUAAGUCUCCAAAAACGCUUUAUGUGGUCAUGGCAACCGAUGGAUUCCAGCAUCUGGUGAAAAGCUGCCCUUCCGCUUUGUUUGAUUUGAUGUCCAAGCUUGCUGCCCGUUGA